AUGCCUGAGAUCAGCAAAAUGAGUCCCUCACUCAGUUCUGGUCCAUUGAAGUCAACCUGGGGGGUCCUGAUCACUCAUGGAAUAACAAAUCUAAUGGGACCCAUCCAAAGUUUACCAAGUUCAUUGGCUUCAGGCAAAGGCCCUAUGAGAUUGAUGGAAGGAAGAAAUGACAUUGGUCCAAUUGGAGAUGAAUUGGACAUGUCAUGCAUGCUACUUGGGAAGGCAGUCCCAAAUGUAUUCAUUACUGGCACAGGAUGCCCAGGCAGCAUUUCAAGACCUGCAGAGCAGUGUCAUACUCCUGCAUUAGCCAUGCCUGUAUUGCAUACUUCUCCUGUAUCCCCUUUUGAUACCAAGGAUUCUGGCAAUGAAUACCAACCCCUCACACUCAGUCUUGCAGAUAUUGCAGCUACAAUGUCAAUGGCUGCAUCACACAUCCAAGCAUCUAUAUCUCAAUAUCAGAUGGAGGCUGCCAACACUGAGGAGCCUUCUGCUACUCAGAUCAUGCACUUUAAAGCCAGGCUGCAAUGGGAGAUCACUUACUCAGCUGCAAGGCACAUCAUUUCGGUUAUUCCAAACCUGGUUGCUCAUAUUCUUUAG